GCUCCCGCGUGCCGCAACCAGCGCCGCCUUUUCGGCCCGGGCCCGGGCUCCGGCCCCGCCCCGGGCCCCGGCCCCGGCCCGAGCCCCCUGCCCUGUCGGGCGAUGAAGUGUCACUACGAAGCCCUGGGGGUGCGGCGAGACGCCAGCGAGGAGGAGCUCAAGAAAGCCUAUCGGAAGCUGGCCCUGAAAUGGCACCCCGAUAAAAAUCUGGAUAAUGCCGCAGAAGCAGCUGAACAAUUUAAACUGAUCCAAGCGGCAUAUGAUGUGUUGAGUGACCCUCAGGAGAGAGCGUGGUAUGAUAAUCAUAGAGAGGCUCUGCUUAAAGGUGGACUUGAUGGAGAAUAUCAAGAUGACAGCUUAGAUUUGCUUCACUAUUUCACUGUUACCUGCUACUCUGGUUAUGGUGAUGAUGAAAAGGGCUUUUAUACGGUGUACCGUAAUGUUUUUGAAAUGAUUGCAAAGGAAGAACUAGAAUCUGCUUUAGAAGAGGACAUGGAAGAUUUCCCAACUUUUGGAGACUCCCAGAGUGACUAUGAUACGGUGGUCCACCCUUUCUAUGCUUACUGGCAGAGCUUCUGCACUCAGAAGAACUUUGCUUGGAAAGAAGAAUAUGACACACGGCAGGCUUCAAACCGCUGGGAGAAGCGAGCCAUGGAAAAAGAAAACAAAAAGAUCCGAGACAAAGCGAGGAAGGAGAAGAAUGAGCUUGUCCGUCAGCUGGUCGCUUUCAUCCGUAAAAGGGAUAGAAGAGUGCAGGCUCAUCGAAAACUCGUGGAAGAACAAAAUGCAGAGAAAGCCAGGAAAGCUGAGGCAAUGAGGCGGCAGCAGAAGCUAAAACAGGCCAAGCUGGCAGAGCAGUACAGAGAGCAGACCUGGAUGGCGGUAGCUGACUUGGAGAAGGAGCUCAGGGAGAUGGAGGCACAGUAUGAAAAGCAGUUUGGAGAUGGAUCCGGUGAAGAUGAAGCGGAAGACCAGGAGCUCAGAGAUGGACAGGAUGGCUUCCCUCUGGUAGAUAAAGACAGCGACGAGGCCGAGGAUGCAGAACUUUAUGAUGGCCUUUACUGCCCCGCGUGUGAUAAAUCUUUCAAGACUGAAAAGGCUAUGAGGAAUCAUGAAAAAUCAAAGAAGCAUCGGGAAAUGGUUGCCUUGUUAAAACAACAGUUGGAGGAGGAGGAUGCAAAUUUUUCAGGACCUCAAACUGAUGAAAACAGUCUGAAUGCCAAUUCCGAGGAAGAGAUGGAGGAUGCGCCAAAACAAAAGCUUUCUAAAAAGCAGAAGAAGAAGAAACAGAGGCCAGCACAGAACUAUGAUGAUAAUUUCAAUGAAAAUGGAACUGGAGAAGGCGUAAAGGUUGACCCGGAAGAUACCAACCUAAAUCAAAACAGUGCCAAAGAAUCAGAAGAUAGUCUCCAAGAAAAUGUUGGGGUCACAGCGACUGUGGAACUGUGUGAUGACCCCAAAGCUGAGGUUAAAAGUGUUUCUAAGCCCAAAGGAAAGAAAGCCAAAGAUACUAAAAAGUCUGUCAGAGUGCCUGCUGAAGCACAGACAGUGAGUGAUGUGCUUAUCAGCUGUACAACCUGCCAUAGCGAAUUUCCAUCCCGGAAUAGACUUUUUGAUCAUCUGAAGGCCACCGGUCAUGCACGAGCACCUUCAUCCUCAACAUCUCUGAACAGUGUAACAAACAGUCGAAACAAAAAAGAGAAACGUAAAAACAGAUAGAAAUUCUGCCAAUGCUUUUUUCUUUCAGUUGUCUCUAGAUUUUGAAACCAAAAACUGAACUGAAAUCAUCUAAAUAGUUAAAAUUUCAGUGAUCUGCAAUUUAUUGCAUUGUGGAAAAUUAUUUUUUAUCUUGUAAAAACAUUUUUUUGUUUAAUAUAUAUUUUUUGAACAUGUCAUUAGUGACUGAAUUCUACUUUUGCCAUCUGAAAUUGACUUGAAUGUCCCAGAACAGGUAAAUAUUGUAAAGUAUGCAUUCUUGACUUUUGUUGGCCCAUGUGGACAGAAAUGUACAGGGAGAAUUAAAUUAUUUUAACACAUACAAA